AUGUCUCUUAACGUUCUGGUUACAGGCGCAUCUGGCUACAUCGGGGGCUCUAUUGUCGCUGAAAUUUUGAGUCUCAAAAGAGGCGGCACUCUUGGGGCCUUGGUCAUCCAUGCAGCCGUGCGUUCGCUGGAACAGGCCCAGAGCUUGACAAAGCUGGAUGUCAAUGUUUUCCAACUGAAUCUCAGUGAUGAAACUGCUGUAACAGAGUCCUUGCUCUCCAAUGAUAUUGAUCUCGUCAUCAACAAUGCAACUUGCAUUGACCCGCAAAUUGCGUCGAGUCUGAUUUCAGGGCUACAGAAACAACGCGAAGCAACAGGGAGGGAAGUCUUUUUCGUACAGACAACCGGUCUUUCGGCCUUCGAUGAAAAUACAAACUGGCCAUUCGGAGAAGUAAAAGACACUGACAACGUCUACGGCCUUGAGAGACAGUCGAGGGAGACGUAUGUCGUGCGGGAGGUCGAUACGUUUGUCAUCGAACAGACGAAAAAGGCCGGCGUUACCGGCUUCCUAAUCUUCCCUCCAACACUUCACGGCCGUGGCUCUGGCACAUGGAACCAGCUCUCGCCUCAGAUACCGGCUCUUAUCCAGGCUAGUAUCAAUCACAAGCAAGUCUACAAAUUUGGUGAAAGCCGAGACGCUACCCUGGCACAUGUUUCAGAUGUUGCGAAGUUUUAUGGCCAGCUUAUUGAGGCCAUUUUCUUGGGUAAGAAACUUCCGGCAGGUGAAGAUGGCCAUUACUUCCUUGUUUCGCACGUCGUCUCUUGGUGGGACAUUAUGGAUCGACUUGCUGCAAACCUCCACGAGCGGGGCUUGGUCACAACGGCAUCCACUAAGGUAUGGCCGUCUGACGAAAUGGCGGCCGAGUCAGUUGGAGUACCGACUAGGUUUGCCCACAGCAUUUGGAACUCAAGCCCGAAAGUACUAUGUGAGAAAGCAACUAUUAUUGGGUGGAAGCCCGUGUGGACAGGAGAGUCAUUUCUAAACAGCCUUUACCAGGAGGUCGAUGACUUUUUGGAGCUGGGCUUACCCAAGAGCAGUCUCCUGCACUCAUUGAAACCAGUUUCUGGGCACGAUAUGAACUGA